AUGGGUUUGUUUGAUCACCACGAUGGUGGAAGCUCGUCGCAUGUGUGCUCUACACAAUCCCUCGCCCAAAAUUCUACGGUAACGGUGAUUGGCGACUACACCUUCUACGAAGCCAACAAAAUCGUAUCGGGCGCUUUUACUGCUGCCACUCUUCUUAUAAUCCUCACUCUGAUGACUAUGCACGCCAUGAAAAUGCGCAAGUCAAACGAACAAGUCAAGAUUUUGAAAAUAUGCUUCGUCAUUCCCGUUUAUUCCCUGUUCUCCUUUCUAUCAGUCUGCUUUCCUAAAGCAGCUGUGUUUCUGGAACCAUGGCAGGCUUUUUAUGAGUCUCUUGCUUUGGGAUAUUUCUUCCUCCUCCUAAAUGAGUGGAUUUCUCCCAGCGAUAGCCAGCGGGAUCUAUUCUUUUCAGCAUUAAGAGUUCCCCAGAAGAACGACGCGCCACCUUUAGAUGGUCUUGAGUGGUAUCGGAAACGAUGGAUUUUUAUUUUCCAGUACCCAGUGGUCGCUCUCGGCGUUGCAGUAGCUACUGAUAUCACCCAGGCGGCUGGUAUUUAUUGUGAAAACAGCAACAAGCCGUAUUUUGCUCAUCUCUGGCUUGAAAUAAUAUCCGCCGUGUCACUGGGUGUCUGUGUGAUGUCGAUCCUUACGUGUUACCAGACGCUGAAACCGAACAUUGGUGGUCAUCGCGCGUUGUUGAAGUUGCUGGCAUUCAAAGUUUUGGUCGGUCUCACAUUUUUGGAAAAUAUUAUUUUUUUAAUAUUAACGUCAACCGAUCUACUCAAACCAACUUCGACCCUGACUUAUGCCGAUAUCAAGACCGGCAUCCCGUCAUUAAUUAUCUGUGUCCAAACCUCAUUAUUCGCAAUUUCCUUCCACUACGCUUAUAACGUUAGCGAGUACAGCAGCCCUCCCAAGGAAAGCCUGAUAUCCAAUCAGGAUCACGGCCCUGACGAGGGGGGCUACGGCAACAAGCCCCCUUAUAGCGAGCUCCCACCGUACGAGGCCAGAAUGGGCUUUUUCAGAGCUUGGCUAGCCGUGCUAGACCCUCGCGAGAUUCUGAGUGCGAUCAAAUUCAUCUUUACUAUGCGCAGUCAGGCAGAAAUGGGUACUACUUUUGACACCGGUUAUGGUGGGAAUGUUGGUCUCGAGCCUCUUCGUCGGAACAGAGAUAGUUAUUAA